AACGGACCCAGCCGGGCGGCACGGCGGGGGCGGGGCGGGGGCGGAGGUGCGGGCGCGGGAGCCCGAGCCCCCUGUGCGUCCUGAGUUCCCAGAGCGGCGCCGAGGAGAGCGGAGGAGACGACCGGGGAGGAGAGGGGGCAAGCCAGCGCAGCGGAUCCCGGCCCCGCGGGCUGAGCCCGGCACGACCAUGAGGCGGCUCCCGCGGCGGGACGGGGCCGGGCCCCCGCGGGAGAGCCUGCGGAACGGCUACGUGCGCAGCUCGGCGAGCCCGCUGCGCGAGGACCCUCCACGCGGCUUCUUGUACCACGUCUGCCGCCUGUGCAACGUGGAGCUGCUGCUGCCCCGCGCCUCCUCCUCCUCCUCGUCCUCACCGCCCCCCGGCCCCGCGCCCCGCCGCGCCCCCAACGAAGCCCUGGGCAGCUCGGCGCUGGGCGCUCUCGCCGGCUUGCUGCUCGCCCGCCUCCUGUGGCCCGAGGGCUGCGCCCGCCUCGGCCGCCCGCUGGGGCUCCUGCUCCGCGGGCUCUCUCACGUCCUGUGCCCGCUCUUCAGCCUCGCCUGUGCCUUCUUCUUCUUCACCUGCUUCCUGACCCGGCCGCGCCGACGCCGCCUCUGCCUCCGCCGGGGCGCUCGCCGGCCCUGGGGGCUUCUGGCGCUGCCCGCCUGCUGCUUCGUGGGAGACCUGGUGCUGGCGCAGUGGGGGCCCGGCCCCGGGGGGCAGCUCGUGGUGCUGGGCAGGCUGCUGCUGGUGCUGAGCUGCGUCGGGGUCCUGAGCCUGCUGCAGCCCGUGCAGCCCACGCGCAGCGUCCUGGUGCUGCUCUUCUCCGGCGUGGUGUGGUGGGUGUCCGUGGCCAGCCUCAGCCUCCUUCCCGCCGCUCUCGGGCCCCUGCUCUCCUGGCUCGCCGGGGGCAUCGGCACGGGGCUGGCUCUGGGGCUGGAUCGCUUCUUUCCGCUCCGGGAAGCUCCCUCCCUGCCUCGCCUGAGCGGGGACGGCAAAGUGCCUGUGAUCAGACCCCGAAGAAGGUCAAGUUGUGUGCCCAUAGGCGAGACUCCCACCAGCUUCGGGAGCCAAACGUCCCGGAGACCUUCGUUGCCUUGUAUUUCCAGAGAACAGAUGAUUCUUUGGGAUUGGGACUUGAAGCAGUGGUCUAAACCCCAUUAUCAGAAUGUGUCACGAGGAGCUGAUGUUGAUCUUUCGAUGCUAAAUGACGCUCGCCAAAUGGUGACAGAACUAAUGACGGAUCCAGCCCUCCCCCCACAUGUGAUUACUUCUCUUCGAAGCAUGGAUAGUUUGAUGGGUGCUUUCUCCAAAUCAUGUAGGCCAAAUAGCAACACAUUCCCACUGUUUACCGGGUUUAACCCUUGCUGUGAAAUAGAGAACCCCGAAGAAAAAGAUACAAAAUCUAACAAGACACCAAGUAAUAGAAAUAAUGGGCUGAUGCUACAACUAAGGAGACACUCGAGAACUUCAGGUCUCCCUCUGCCACCCCCUGAACAGUCUCCUUCACGAGGGGAGUGCAGCCCCAGAAGGCGCACGCUCCCUCUCCGACAACAAAGUGCUUCCAGCCUAGAAUCUCCAGAUUCAAAUGUAUUUACAUUCCCAAAGCAAAGGUCAUCUUCAGUAACCUUGACUGACUGUAGGAGUCCUCUGAGAUCUGGUGCUUCACUCAACCUGAAUCCUGUGAGUUCACCUAGCCAUGAAUCAAUGUUUACUGGUUCCCUAGUUAACCGGUCACCCGUAGGAUUUUCUGACACUGCUGAUUUUCUUACUAAGCCAAGUGUUACUUUACACAAAUCUCUGGGGAACGCACUUAGUACUCCAGAUUUGCCUCAGCAGUUUAGAACUUCUGGUAGCCAUAUAUGUAACAGUUGUGGACGUGAGGUACUGAAGCAUGUUUCAAUACAUGAAUCUGAAUAUGAUACAGAUGACCAGGGUGGAAAACCAGUUGAAGAGGGAAACAUCAAUAUUAAACAAGGGCCAAUCAGAGAGUCUGGGGACGAGUCAGAACAGGAGCCAGACAAGAGACUGGACAGAGAACUGAAGGAGGAGGAAGAGGAGGGAGGAAGAGCAGAAGAAGAGGACCUCGAAGAGGCCCAGUGUGAGCCCUCUGAUAAACCAGGAGGGGACUUAACUAAUGGCCUAGUUAGGUACCACUCCCAGAAGGCCUUGGAGGAGGAAGAUGAAGAGAAAGAAAAGGAAGAGGUUCAUCAAGAAGAGAUGCCAUUAGGGGCACAGCAGAAUAAAAACUCAGAGUGUCAUUAUGAAAAUGCUGAGAUAGAUGAGGAGUGCUUACUAGAACUGAUAUUAAGAGAAGACCAUGAUGCACUAAUAGCGAAGAUGAACAACUGGAAUUUCCCCAUUUUUGAAGUCAUGGAAACAAUGGGGGGAAGAUCAGGAAGGAUCCUGAGCCAGACUAUGUAUACCUUGUUUCAAGACACUGGUUUGAUGGACAUGUUCAAAAUCCCUGUUCCAGAAUUUGUGAACUACUUCCAUGCAUUAGAAAAUGGCUACCGGGACAUUCCUUAUCACAAUCGUGUACAUGCUACAGAUGUCCUGCAUGCAGUGUGGUACCUGACAACUCGGCCGAUUCCUGGAUUCAAACAGAUCCGUCAGGAUCUUGUGAAAGUGAUUCGCACAGAAUAUAGUAGUGGACUUUCUCCCGUACGCAUUUCAUACACUUCCUCCAAAAGUUGCCCAAUGACGGAUCCAAACUAUGGCUGCGUGGCGCUGAACAUUCCUGCCUUGGAACUGAUGGCUCUUUAUGUGGCAGCUGCUAUGCAUGACUAUGAUCACCCAGGGCGGACAAAUGCGUUUUUGGUUGCUACCAGUGAUCCUCAGGCUGUGUUGUAUAAUGACCGCUCUGUCCUGGAAAAUCAUCAUGCUGCUGCUGCCUGGAACCUGUUCCUUUCUCGACCUGACUUCAACUUUCUCAGUAACCUUAAUCAACCAGAGUUCAAGCACUUUCGUUACUUAGUGAUUGAAGCCAUUCUGGCUACAGAUCUCAAAAAGCAUUUUGAUUUCCUUGCUGAUUUUAAUACUAAGGCCAAUGAUGUGAACAGUCCUGGCAUACAGUGGAAUAGUGAAGAUGACCGGCUCCUCGUGUGUCAGGUGUGCAUUAAAUUGGCAGAUAUAAAUGGUCCAGCAAAAGCUCAAGACUUACAUGUGAGGUGGACAGAAGGUAUUGUCAGUGAGUUUUAUGACCAGGGAGAUGAAGAGGCCAGUCUUGGGCUGCCUGUCAGUCCCUUCAUGGAUCGCCACUGUCCACAGCUUGCAAAGCUGCAGGAAUCUUUUAUCUCUCACAUAGUGGGGCCCCUGUGUAAUUCCUACAACGCAGCAGGUUUGCUUCCUGGCCUGUGGGUCGAGGAAGAGUGUGAAGAUGCUGCGAGUGAGGAGUUUUGUGAAGAACUGCAGUUGGAACAAGAUGGAGCUCACACGACUGCUACUGCUACUAUGGCUCCUGCUGCUUCCCUGCCUAGUGCUUGGCCAAAGCCACAACGAAAAAAAAAGGUGAAGCACCGCAAGUUUUGCCAGCUAACGCAGCAUCUGAAUGAAAAUCAUCAGCUGUGGACGAGGCUGGUUGAGAGAGGCAGUGAGGACUCUGCUGCAGAUGUCAAGGCGGGUGCGGAGGGCCACAGUCCACCUCCAUCUCCAACCAAAGAACUCUAAGUCAUGGAGGAAGCAGGUGAAGGAGAAAUGCCGCCGCCACUAUCAGCACCGCCACCUUCCUGUUCAUCAUUGCCAUCGGCAUCACCUCCACUAUGCUGAGGUUGAGAAGAAGGGGGUACCGUUAUUACCUUCCCUUGGGAGAAUGGGUGAAGGAGCUAUGCUUGAAGAGGACUCUACACCCUAGCCUCAGUUUCUUCACUGUGCCAACCCAUCUUGUGGGAGGUGGGAUGGCCUCCAUACUGUGAUAGGAUCCUCGCUGCCCUAGCCGUGUCGCCGUUCUCGUGCAUUUGACUGCAUGGAACAGAAAGCUGGGUUUAAGCCUUCGUAAAUCUCAUGAUUGUAAAGUCUCUGGAAGCCCUACUUUGUGGACAGAUCUUUUGGUUCAAAGGCUACUUUGCUGAAUCCAGAGCUUGUCCUUUCCACGUAGUUCCCUCAAGUUGAGAAGGAACUCUUCAGUUGCUAUGGAGGCAGGACUUUUGGUUUGUGCAAGACUGGAUGCACUCUAUUCUGUUCUUACAUCCUGAUAUCUCUUCGUGUCUAAUGAUGAAGAUGGUGUUUGCAGUAUAGCCAGUGGGAGGGUCUCCAUGGUGUGUUCCGUGUUGCCCUCCCACCUCAGUUUCUCCAUUUGAGGGCUGUGAGAUAUUCACAUUGUAUUCUGAUUUUUAAAAACUAUUCAGGUAGACCAAGGUGCAUCGAUUUCUGAUGUCUCUGACUGUCAUACAUCGUUGUUGCAGUUUUACUGAAAGGAUUCGGGUUUGUAGUGAGCAUCAGAUUUUGUCUUUUAAACUUAAGCCUUGAUGCUCUGUGGUAGAAUUUUUAAUCUUUAAAGAGAUUUUUUUAAACUCAGUACUGCUACAUUUUUUCACUCUUACUCAGGAUGAAUAUUUUUAAAGCAUAUCCCACUAAACCCAUCAAACUCCAAUCCCAUCCCACUGUUGAGCCUGCGCUAUAACCUUAGGAGUGUUAUUCCUUCUGCAUACAUAUGUUUUGAGACAGAGCAAAGCCAAAAAAGGGAAACUAUCUCUUCCUCGUUCUUUUUGUUGAAUUGAAACCCCUCUGAUCCUUACAGCAGAAUAUAAUGCAAACCAUUCCUACAAAAAUGUCAUCAGCAGCCAAAGGAAAAAUACUCCAUGUUUUUGCAUGCAGUAAAUACAGAAUUGGAACGGCUAUCUUCAGAGUCAGAGUUCCCCUGGUCAGUGGCACUGACACACCCACGUCCCUCUGCCCCAGGUGCAUUCUGGGCCAUGUAAGAAGAGGUUAAGCCUAAGGUGACUACUGUGUAUUUAUUCCUAUUGCCCAGUUGUUGGUUUAGUUUCAGGAUUACCACACACACCUCACCUGUCUUUCUCUUGCUGCCUAAAAUUAUUUUUGCUGCCCAUCUUACUUCCUAAAAGAUGACAGUGGCGAAAAUGGUUGCAGAACACAUGCAUGUGCAGCUUUUCUACAGCACUUGUGAGCUAGGAUGGUCGCACAUGGUGUGAUUUUGUGUGGAGUGUGCAGGGAGAGCACUGAGAGCAGCCCAUGCAGACUGAUGCUGUGAAAUAAUCACUGACAGAGCUCAGUCUAGACUAGAGGCAUCUGGCUGUGCUGGGAAAGCGCUCUGGUCUCUUGGAGGUUAAAGUAGGUAUUCUCUUUGCAAGGCUGAUGUGACUUGGAGAUGCACAGCUGUCACCCCAUCCGACUGGAAUGUGCAUCGCCAUCUGCAAAAGACACUUUGGUGGGGUGGUCACACCUGAGCCUCCUGCUCCCAGCAUGGUGACCUCAUUUGUAAUGCCCAGGGUUUUCACUGUCUGUCACACCCUCUCCACCAUUUAGAUGUGUUCACCCAGCUUACUGGUUUGCCUUUUGUGUGUUGAGUUUUUCACUAGAAGCCAGCCUCAGAGGAGCACCAUUGCACGUCACACUUCUCUGCCAGGACAAAGCAGGCACUCACAGGGCCCUUUUCGGUUAAGAUUUUGAAGGGGAGGCAGGGGGCAUUUAAUGUACAGCUUUCAUUUAGCUUCUCAAUAGAAGCGUGUUAUUCUUUUUAUUCUUUUAGAAUAUUCAGUUAUUGGAAUUUAUUUUAAAAUAAUGGAAUAAUUUGACAAUUGGCUGUUGAUUUUUCAACAUUAGAGCUUUUCAACUUUUUGUUCCUUGAUUAUGGCUUAAAAACAGGUGACUUCAGCCCGAAGAAACUUUACGAAGUAUUUUUGUCCAAUUUGUUACUUCCGUAAUCAUAAGGAACUGGUAUGGUAUAUUAAAUAUUUUAAAGCUA